AUGAGGUUGUGUUAUCACUCUCUCUCUCUCUCUUUAGCGAUGGCAAAACAGCUUGUGGAUGGCAUCAUUGCUGACAAUAAAGUGGCAGUCUUCUCAAAGACAUACUGCCCUUUUUGUAAGAUGGCCAAGGAAGCAUUGGAUUCGACUGGAGUGAAAUAUUUUGUUCUUGAGCUAGAUGAGAGAGUUUUCUCUCUCUCUCACACACACACACACACACACACAGAUGAUGGCAAUACUAUUCAGGAUUAUCUCCUGUCUAUUACUGGUGGUCGAUGUCCUCGUGUAUUUAUUGGACAAAAGUUUAUUGGUGGAGGAAGUGAAACCAAAGCUUUUAAUGAGUCAGGAAAAUGA